AUGGCAUCCCUUGGAAAAGGGGAAGAAGCUAGCUGCUGCGGUGGUAGUGCUGUCUGUCUCAUGGGAGGGGCCGAGGCUGGAAUAUCCGAAGGAGCCGUAGUAGGGAACAACAGGGUCUAUCCUCUCCGCCUUCCAAGCACAGAAGAAGAGGAUAGAGCAGCGAAACUUUACUUAAUAGUAUGUUUUGCCCUCUCUUGGAUUUCAGCUAACCGGCUAAUCGAGAGCUCCUCCUACUUCCGCGCGCUCCUCGGCGGCAGCUUCAGUGAAUCCGGCCGAGAGCAUGUGAACGUGUGCUGCGAUUUGGAGGCUGCCGUGCAAGUGCUGCGCUACCUGUUUGAGCCUUCCGAGAGCUUCAACAUCACGCACAACAAUUUCCUCCCGCUGUUGGAGGGAGCUUUGUUUCUUGCUGUUGAGAGCCUUCUAGUGGAGUGUGAAAGAUGGUUCAGCACCAUAGCCUCUCAAACUUCCGCCAUUUUUUCAGUUCCAUUAGAUUUCAUAAUUGAAGUCUGGGACUUUGCUCAAGAGCAUGGUGUUACUUUUGUUCAAGAAAUUUGCCGAGAAUAUCUAGCUCAGAAUGUUGUAGAAAAUAUGAAAACCUGUGAACAAUCAUACCCCAACUCUGUAGAUGGCCACCUCUUCCUUCUUAGCAAGGUGAAGAUAUGCCUUUUACCGUUGGGAUUUGCGGCAGGGACAAAAAGGCAUUGGUUUGACUUUGGAAACAACAUCGUCUGCACAAUUCUUGAUCUUCUCAAGGACAGUUUGAAAACUUUAUUGGAUGCUAUUGCUGAUGGUAACUUGGAGAGAUAUUGCAUUCGAAUAACAGAAUAUUCGAAGAACAUAGUGCUUUCAGGAUGUCCCCAAGUAACUACAGCAUUCUUGUACAUAUCUGUUCUCCCUACUGAUCUGGAUGUUUCAUUUAAGAGAAGGAUAGUGAGUUCAUAUACCCAGGUGGAUCAUCGAAGCUUCAUUCUUUAUGAUGAACUAGAGAAGGCUGCUAAAACCUUAUCAUUCAAGAAUGUACACAUGGUGGAUAUUUCAAAAUGUCCAAAUGUUCAUUUUGGCGCAGCAAUUGACUGGUUGAAGUUGUUUUUUCCAGAAUUAAGGAUAUUCAGGGUUUCACAUUGUUUAUCCUUUCAAUUUGAUGAUUUGCUAUAUCUGUUACUGAGAUGUCCAUGGAUUGAUGAAAUUGAUAUGACUGUUGAUACAAGCACUGUAACACCCAAACAUUCAGUAGUCUCGUCUAGUUCUGAAGUCCUAAGCAAAGUGAAACCAAAUCAGAAAAGAUAUGGCAUACAUUGUCCACCAUAUGACGGACAACUGAAUUCGAUUUUCUUAAAUAUAUCAAGAUUGACAUUGGAAGGCAGAAGUGAUAUUGAUGAUGUGGGCUUGCUGGAGAUAUCUGUUUUGAAAAAUUCUCUGUGCUAUAUAAACAUUAGAAACUGCUUCCUGUUAACAGAUGAUGGUAUUUCUAACCUUCUGAUGAAGUGUACAAAGAUCCAUUCAAUGGUUCUUUCUUACACUUCUUUUGGAAAUCGAUCAAUUCAAACACUAUGCGCUACCAAUCCUUCUGGCCACAACAGUGUACAUGCUCAUGUUAUGGCAUUUUAUAUGCAAGAAUUACAUCUGGAUGGCUGCAAAGUUAUCAUUAUGUUUGCCUUCCACUACUUAGGCAUGCUGGCUAAUAUAGGUAUAUGUCAAUAUGUAGGUAUUGACUCUGCUGCUUUGUCGCAGCUAAUGAGCAUUAUAAGCAUCACAAAGUUUCUGAGCUUAAGGGAAACAUCACUUACAGAUGGUGCACUCUGCAAGUUUGUUGGCUCUAGUCUCGAGUAUCUUGACGUUUCAGAGACUGUGUCUUCUGUUGAAUGUGAUAAUGUAGAAAAUAUCAGUGGUAACAAGUACGGAGAUUUUCUACAGGAGGUAGGAACUACCUGCUGUUUGGAGGAUGUUGAAAUGGGUUGGGGAUUUUGCCCUAUUCGAAUUGAAGAUCUUGCUCCUUCUUUUAGUAAAGUAAGGAAGAUGACAAUUGGUCUUGGCACAGCAUUAGCUGAGAAUGUCAUGUGUGCUCUUCCUAUGAUUUGCCCAUUCCUCGAGUCUUUGAUUCUGAGGUUUCAGGUGAUAUCUGACAGAGUUGUUAGAAAUCUAUUGGAAUCAGCAGUAAAUCUUCAUGUGCUUUGCCUGCACUAUUGUCUUGGCAGUUUAACUUCAUUUAGUUUCCAGACAAAAGCACCUGCAUUAAGAGUAUUGCAGCUUCAUUGGGUUACUCCAUGGCUUACAAAUGAUGACUUGACAAUCCUAACAGAGAAUUGCAAUUUAGCUGAACUUUCACUGUCCGGUUGCAAACACCUUGACUCCAACUCUCAAGACAUUAUCUCAUCUGGGUGGCCAAACUUGGCACUUUUACACCUUGAGGAAUGUGGUAAAAUAACAGUUGAAGGGGUUUCUUCUUUUCUCAGUUGUAAAGCUUUGGAAGACAUCCUACUACGGCACACGGGUAGGGGCAUUGGAAGGAGCAUCAUAGACGAUGCUAUCAGAGAGUUACCACUACUGCGGAAGCUGGCUUUGGAUCUAUGCGAUGCCUGUGAAGAAGGUUACGAUAGCCCGAAUAAUGCGGAAGGAAAGAUGAUUAGAAGUGUAAGGAUGAGUCGAUGCAAGACAAUGAAGGGGUCCUGUUUGGAGGUCGCGAGACAAGGGUCUUCAAGGCCGGUGCACAAGGACACCGUAGUGCUGGAAUGGAGUAGCAGAAGGCUCACAACCACCAUAGUGAAAGAAAGAGUGUGA